GUGCUUGUGGAUAUGUCAAUAACAACGAACAAAUGGUAGCUGCUUUACCAGCAGAGCAAUUUGACCAUUUAACUAAAAAGAAAGCUUGUGGUUCUUCUGCUAUAGUUCAUCGUGGUGUUGGUGACAUUGAUUUAUCACCUGAUGCCUUUAGUGAGCUUGCUAAACCCAUAGAAGGACGUGUUCACGUCACUUAUUCUCUUAAAAUAAGUUAA